GUGACUUCCGCUAGUCUUGCUAAGAGACAGCCUUUUGAUUUUGGGGUCGGUUAGCCGCGUUAGCUUCUUUCUGCUAUGUGUGAGCUACUCUCUGCAGCAACAAUGUCUUUAUCCCAGUCUCUGAGAGACUUCAUCAGGGAUCGACUGACCGCUGCUGCUGAAGAAAUAUUCACAGAGUUUGAUAAAACCAUCGUGCAGUACGAGGAAGAGCUGGAUCGUCAGCGGAGACUGCUGGAAAUCUGCUGGAACCCCGAAAUAAACCGAAAGAGAAUAGACUCUCCGCAGCAUUAUGUCUGGAGCGGGGAAGAGUCUCUCAAUGACCAGCAGUUCUGCAACCAGGAGAGGAGCUCCAAUUUACACCAGAAGGAACUCGAUCCUCUGCAAAUGAAAGGGGAUCAGGGUGAAUUUGAAACUCAGGAGAUGAACAGAGAACAGGAGAAAACAGAACCACAGAUGGAAGAAGCAAGUCAGAAAGAAACAGAACGUUCACAGGUAAAGGUAGAGCAGGAGGAACUCUGUGUCAGUCUGCAAAAAGAGCCUCAGGUCUUGAGGCAGGAGACCGAUAUCUUUGCCGAAAACCUUAUUUAUGAAGAAAGAGACAAUGUGGAAGAGCAACCAAGCCGGGACCCAAUUCUCAUCCAGAUGUCUUCAGAACUUGAGAACCAGAACCAAGAAAAUGGCAUUCAUGAGGACCCAGAGUCAAGUAGAGAUGAAGAACUGAGGCAAAGCAAAAGGGGUUGGGAAAUCAGAAGACACGGUGAACACCAAGACAGUCCAAGGGUAAAAAGAAAGAAGAAAACAAACAAUGAGAAACUGCCUCGUAACGUUUGUGGCAAACUUUCAUCUCCGGGUUAUUUGACUGAUCAUAUGAGAAUUCACACAGGUGAGGAGCCUUUUUGCUGUAUGACCUGUGAUAAAAGGUUCCCCAAUAGAAAAACUUUAGCACAGCAUAUUACAACUCACACAAAUGAGAAGUCGUUCUCAUGUAUUAUCUGUGGAAGAGGUUUUCAUCGAAUAAGUAAUUUGACUGUUCACAUGAGAAUCCACACCGGUGAGAAACCUUUCUCGUGUAUGAUCUGUAAAACAAGUUUCAACCGGCGCUGUACUUUGACUGUUCAUAUGAGAACUCACACAGGUGAAAAGCCCUUCUCAUGCAAAAUUUGUGAAAAAAAGUUUACCAGACGAUUCUUACUGAAUAAGCACAUUAAAUUGCACACAGACGAGUCCUUUCUCAUGUACAAUUAAAGUGAAGAAAACUAGCUAAAAUAAUAAUGAUAGCGUCUAGGCUAGCACUGUCAUGUUGACUUACAGUAACAUACUCUGUGCAGUGUAAAAAAAAAACAUAAAUGUAAUUGGCAGAAACAUUAAAAAAGUAAAGCAGUCUGCAAUCUAGCUUCAAAGCAAAACUUUUUGCUUAUCAUAUGUUGAAGAACAUAAAGAGGAAAAUUAUUUUUAGCUCAUUUACUGCAGAGAAGCUCAUAAUACUGAAAUUAGCUGAAGUGUAUUAUAUAUCGUGCUAAUGGCCGUGGGUCACUCCCAUGUUUCAUAACAUGAAAUUGUUCCAUCUAGUGUUUAAAAUGUUAGCUUAAAAAGCUAAUGUUAGAUGAAAUGCUGUCAGCAGCAUGCUGACUUCGACUAGCAUGUUGUUUAAACAUUAACUAAAUGUAGUAGAUAUUUAAGAAAUGCAGUCAAAAUCAUUUUAGCCCUCAUACCAUUACCCGCAUGUUGACUUAAGUCAUGUACUAUGCAAAUAGCAAUGUACCAGCAAGAGGGCUAUCACUAGGAUAUUGACAAUGUGCUGCAUGUAACGUAAUGUCAUAAAUGAGCAGAAUAUGGUGAAAGUUGAAAGAUCAGAAAGUAUGCAGAAGUAGUUGAGUGGAGAGAAGUGUGC